GAUAAUGCGGAUAAAAAGAUACAGUGUUAUAGUGGUGUUCAGCUAUAUCUGACUGUAUUUUUUUUAGUAUUUUUCCCUCAGGUGCGUGCAGUGAUUUUGCAGCUGCAUUCCCAGUCCCUGAGAGGGAGGGAGUAAAGUGUCCGCCAUAUUCUCUCUAGUUUACCACGCCCGUGGAUCUGGCGGAAAGCAGCAGCAGUACUCUCUCUCCUUCCUUUCCCCUACUGUAGGCCGCCUCCUCGGCUUCUGAAACUCGCCACGAAGCUGACGGCAGAGAAAGUGACAGCGGUACGGAGUCGGCAGCCAAGUGUCCUGAACAUUGGAAGAAGCAAGAAGUGAAGAGGGUUGCCGCAGGAUAGAUUUAUAAUCCUUCAUAGCGUAAGGAGAGAGAGAGAGAGGGGGAGAGAUCGGAUAUCCCCAGCUCCCGAUUUUAAAAACAAUCGGCUUCAGCCUUUCUGGUAGUUCGUGUUAAAUUUAACAGCUUAAUUAUUCCUCCUGCAACCCCCAUUUUAAAGCGCCCCACAAAUUCUCCAUGUUUAGUAAGGUUGAGAAAUAUUGAGGACACCCUCACUACAAGCAGACACCGACACACACGCACACACACACAUACGCACAGACACACAAAAAAGCCGGCUACAUGACUCUCGACUCCAUCAUGGCGUGCUGCCUAAGCGAAGAGGCGAAAGAAGCGAAAAGGAUCAACGCGGAGAUCGAGAGACAGCUGCGGAGAGACAAGCGGGAUGCGCGCAGAGAGCUCAAACUGCUGCUACUUGGCACUGGUGAAAGUGGCAAGAGCACAUUCAUCAAACAGAUGCGAAUCAUCCAUGGUACAGGGUACUCCGAUGAGGACAAACGAGGUUUCACAAAGCUGGUCUAUCAGAAUAUCUUCACUGCUAUGCAGGCUAUGAUCAGAGCAAUGGAUACACUCAAAAUACAGUACAAAUAUGACUAUAAUAAGGCACAUGCACAGCUGGUUCGUGAAAUCGAUGUAGAAAAAGUGACAACAUUUGAAAACCCUUAUGUGGAUGCAAUAAAAUGUUUAUGGGUUGAUCCAGGCAUCCAGGAAUCUUAUGACCGAAGGAGAGAGUACCAGCUGUCGGAUUCUACUAAAUACUACCUUAGUGAUACUGAUCGUAUUGCAGCACCUGAUUAUCUGCCAACUCAACAGGAUGUGCUGCGGGUUCGAGUGCCCACAACUGGCAUCAUUGAGUAUCCAUUUGAUCUGGAGAAUAUAAUCUUCAGCUAUCUUAAAGACUUGGACCGUAUAGCAGCACCUACCUAUCUACCCACUCAACAAGAUGUGCUUAGAGUGCGAGUCCCAACAACAGGGAUCAUUGAAUACCCUUUCGACUUACAAACCGUCAUUUUCAGAAUGGUCGAUGUUGGGGGUCAACGAUCAGAACGAAGAAAAUGGAUUCAUUGCUUUGAAAACGUGACGUCUAUUAUGUUUUUGGUUGCCCUUAGUGAAUAUGAUCAAGUACUUGUGGAAUCAGACAAUGAGAAUCGAAUGGAGGAAAGCAAAGCACUAUUUCGGACGAUUAUCACGUAUCCCUGGUUUCAGAAUUCCUCGGUAAUUCUCUUCUUAAACAAGAAAGAUCUUUUGGAGGAGAAGAUUAUGUAUUCUCACCUGGUUGAUUACUUCCCAGAAUAUGAUGGACCACAGCGAGAUGCACAAGCAGCAAGAGAGUUUAUUCUGAAGAUGUUUGUGGACCUGAAUCCUGAUAGUGACAAAAUUAUCUACUCUCACUUCACAUGUGCCACGGAUACAGAGAAUAUACGGUUUGUCUUUGCUGCUGUCAAGGACACUAUCCUACAAUUAAAUCUGAAGGAAUAUAACCUGGUCUAGUAUAUUAACUGACCUAACAAUAAAAAGAGUAACUGUAUUAUCUGUGAAAAUGAUUUGCAUAAUUCUAAUUUAUUGCUAUCCUGGACUCUGUACUUCUACAGAGUCUUAGUAAAUAUUAUGAUUUUAUUUAACAAAAAUGGGCAAAGAUGCUGACACACGUUUGUGGCACCUGUCUACUUUUUAGGCAAAACUUUGUGAGUUCAUGCAAAAUUUUCAAUUUUCACUGUAAAUUCCCAUUUUUGCACUCAAAGGGUUGGGUUUUUUGCUUUUAUAAGCACAUCCCUUCCCCUUCUCCUAAUCCCCAAAGAAUAUUUGAGGUACAGUGUCCUUUUUAUGAGGUGUUCCUCUUGACACUCUGUGGUACACAGUUACUGUGGUAAUGUUUGAUGGAAAUCAAAGCUGUCAAUGAUGAUAAUUGUAUUGUUUUUCUGAUGGGCAAGAAGAAUUGGUCAUGUGAAUUUUAAAUUGCAUAUAUAUUAUUUAAAGAUAAAGUUUCAUACUAAACAAUUUAUCUUCACUUUAAGUUAUAAAGAUGGGAGAUCAUUAAGCAAUAGUUGAUUGCCAUCAUGACUCAACUUUAAAUGUUACCACACUGUUUCCAAAAAAACGUGGAUAGAUAUAGGUAAGAAUACAAUAUUGAGAAUGUUAUGUACUUGUAAAACAAUAUAUGGGGUUUGAAUUCUAUUUAUUAUUGCCACUCUAUGAAUAUUACUAAACUUGUUUUAUGGAAAGAUGCCAACAAAAUGUCAUAUACACUAUAUUUGCUGAUUUUUGCAAUAUCAACAUAGGUCUUCUUCCUUAGGACUGUAUCUGGAGACAUCAUUGACAUCCAUACUUUGCUCCAGUGUAACUUUUUGGCUUUUAAUAAGGAACAUUUUAAUAUUGCCACUCUGUCUUAUUUGCUUUGCUAAUUUAGAAUUUUAAUAGAUAAAAAUUGCUUUCCUCAAGAAGCCAAAAAUAAUGUGGUGUGAAACACUUGAGUAGAAGAUGAAUAGCAAGCAAAUAACUUUUUUGCAGUGUUGGCACUUUGGAUCUCCUAAAAACAAUUUGUUUGACAUGCCAAAAUAAAUGAGAAAAAACUGGUGCUUUUUCACAUUGUAUAAUAUUUGCCAUUACCUGUGUACUAUUCUUUAACAUAAGCUGCUUAGUGUCCAUGACCAAUUUUGUAUCUAACUUUUUUACACAUAUGUUAAAAGGUACUGUAAUCAUGUUUUGAUAAAAAUCUUGUAAGAUCCUUAAUUUUAAAACAAAAUGGUUUCAUUUGCCAUAACUUGCUGGAAAAUGAACCUGUAUUAUUACUUUUGUCCAACCAUAGACAAACUUAAAAUUCUGAGGCCUGGGCUGUUAACAAAAGCAGAUGAAUGUUUGAAGAAGACAGGUUUGAAUGAAUGUCUGGUGUUCUUUUAGCUUGCUAGUUUUAAGAUUUUUCUGUCUUUGAGGUUAUAGCUCAAAAACUUCAAAGAAGUCAAGGUCAGUUAAUUUUAAAGUUCCUGCACUGGCCAUUGUCAAAGGUGGAACGCCUUUAUGCAUGGGUUUAUGCUUCAACACAGUUUUUUUUUUGUUAUGGAGUACCAAAGUUAAUGGUCAGUGAUUGUCUCCCUUCACUUCUGCUCCUUCACCUAACAUGUAUUAAAAUGAACCAAUGGACAAAAUUCCUAUAAUUUGUACAAAAAAAACCUGGCUAUAGGUUUAAUGUUAUUAUGUACUUGUAAUCAUUGUGUGUAUGUGUGUGUGUGCGUGCGUGUAUGCGUGUGCAUGCACGCGCAUGUGUGUGAUGUACACAUAUUGGCUUUGUGAUAAUUUUGGCAGAUUGAAUGUGCUGCAUUGAUAUGUUUCUAUGUAAUUGUAUUGUAAGUCAUAUAGCUAAUUCACAUUUUUGAAUAACAUUAUUUACUUUUUUAAGACGUGAAUGUAAAUCUUUGCCAGUUUCUUUCUCAGCUACGGAUUUGAAAUGUCAUUUUGGAAGUAAAGAUAAUUAUCAUACAGUCUGGUCUGAUUAAUAUACAUCACAACAAGUUUCUAAUUAUAUAAUUCCUUUUGUCAAAGUUUAUCUUUUUCCAGAAAGAUUGACCAAAUGUCUGACCAUGAAGUGGACAAUAACUAGCUGCAUUUCUUCUCAUCGUCAUGUGUGAAAGAAAAUAAUGUGCUUCGAAGAAAUCCUUUGAAAUUACAAAGUCUUUUAAAAAUAAAAUUGUAUUCUAGGCAAUUUCAUUUGCUGAUCCAUGUAUCCGAGUGCUUUUGAUAGGAUUGGUCACAGUUUAUAUUGUAGUACAUCCAAAAUUUGUGUUUCAUGCCUCAUGAAAUUGGCGUUAAGAACUUUGUGUAUCAAAACCGAAGUCUGAGAGAGAAGAUGACCUUUUGACUUUGCUGAAGUAUAUGUGCUGUAUUGGGUGUUACAAUUUGAAAGUUAAAUGACAGCUCUUAAUAUACUGGUCAUGCACCAGAGGGACCAAUGCAGUGUUGCUCAUUCCUAUGAAAGGAUCAAGACAUUUUAUAUCAUCAGUUUGAAGUAGAACUAAUUAUCAUUUACGAGUUCAUGUCAUUAAUUGCGAAAUGAAUAAAUGAAGUUAGGUACGCUGUGUAUAAAACAAUGAAGAUGGCCAGCUGCAUGGUUUACUGUUGAAACACUGUCAAUUUUUUUUUAUCUGAGCAAAAUGUAAAACAUUUGGCAUACUGAUAACCUUCAUUUAUUUCGUUUCACCUUUGCUCUGUCAAUUGGUCUUUCUGGAAUUUCAACAUAUUGGCACUUCAAGAGGAAAUGAUGAAUGUCUGUGAGAAUUUAAAUAUUUCAGUUAAAAUACAGUAUUAUCGUGGUUGGGCAUUCAGUUUGCUAAUAACAUGUACAGCUGAUGAAAUCUAAAUUGCACAGGAUAGUGAAAUAUAGUAUGUAUCAUCGUUUGUUACAGUGCCAAUCUGGUGAAAACUCUGGUGAGACAUUAAUUUAUGCUAGAUAAUCGUAACCUGCAAUAUUUGAAAGCAUAUUUGCUCUUUUAAAAUUGUCAUUUAAAUGCAUGCAUUGUCAUUGUUUGGGGAAGGAAAGCAGCUUUUGGAAAAAUCUACUGUUGUAUAUUCAUAUCCCAAAUGAUCUCGCUGGUUACAAAUAUAGUAUUUUUUGGCCAUAAUUUUGUACUGGUUUCAUUUGAUGCCUCCUGAUGGUAAUUUUCUUCUAUCCUUUUUUUAUGAUGCUGACCCUAGAAUAUUUUUUUAUUCCAAUAAUUUUAGACUGCACAAACAAAUCCAGUAUAAUUGUUUUCUGGCAGUUGACUUUCUUGGGAGGAAAUUUCAACAGUACCAAUGUAGUUGCACAAAAAAAAACUUACAUGUCCCUUGUCAUUGAUUGUAUGUUCAAUAAAAUAGAUACUUUGAAUUUUUAGGGUUUCACAUGGUCAUUCUAAUAAUAGGAAUUGAUGAAUUAUUGCUACCAG